AUGGCUGAAGUUGAGAGUGGCGAGGCGAUACCCGUCUCCUCUAAACUAUAUUUAUUCACUUUUCUCGCAACACUCUUUCUUCUACUUGGUAUCUCUGCGCUUAUCGUUUUUCGCUCUCUUGUUAUCCGGCGACGCUUAGAAAGGCGCAUUAAUCAUGCGAUCCAAGAGGGACUCGUCGCAGCUCCUAGAGCUCCAGGCUCGAAACAUAGCCGACUCACAAAGAAACCUAAAUUGCACGAUGUCUGGGUAGAAUGUGGGGGCGGGACAUGGGAGGAGGUUCAGCCGUUAUCUCUGCGACUCAAAGCUGACCGCACACGCGCAGAAAUGGCCUCAAGACCACGGUUGAUUGCGGUUAAUGAAUCAGCCUUUUGGUCGAUGUUCCUAUCGUCCAACCCCAUACGUGCACCCUCUCAGGCAGAGGCACCUAAUAAACUCGGCGCCCUCGACGACAGCAAGGCAGAAGGACCCUCCCCAACCGAAACAAUGGUACAAGUGUCUAUCCUUGUUGCCCUCCCUUCGCAAUCGCCCUAUGCAAAAGGCGAUGGUGAUGGGGAACGCGGGCUCCCGGAAGUAGCCAUCGGAGUGGCUCGUCUUCCAUACCGAUCACUCAAACCCGUGCCCGAGACGGGAGAGAGCCCGGUCUCUUGA